AUGGCGACCUGCUGCAACGGCUCCGGCCCCGGCUAUGCCACUCCAUUGGAGGCCAAGGAGAAGGGGCCGCGGGAGACGCUCCUGUAUGUUCCGGCAAUCAUUCCCGACCAGUCCAGGCCCGACUACCUGGCCACCGUGGACGCCGAUCCCGAAAGCAAGACGUAUUCAAAGGUCAUCCACCGCCUGCCCGUGACCCACCUGGGGGAUGAGCUCCACCACUCUGGCUGGAAUGCCUGCAGCAGCUGCCACGGCAACUCCUCCAAGUCCAGGUCCCUCCUCAUCCUGCCCUCCCUCAAGUCCGGGCGCAUCUACGGCAAGUGGCCAUGGUUUGGGGAUGGGAAUUGGCUGGCGGGCUUUCCUCUUGCUUCCGUGGACACCGUGUCGGACCCCCGCGCGCCGCGCCUGCACAAGGUGGUGGAGCCCGCCGCCAUCCAGGAGAAGACGGGGCUGGGCUUCCUGCACACCUCCCACUGCCUGGGCAACGGCGACAUCGUGGUCUCCGCCCUGGGCACCCCCGACGGCAAGGCCAAGGGCGGGUUUGUCGUGCUGGAUGAGAACCUGGAGGUCAAGGGCACCUGGUCCGGAAGUGAGGUGGAGUACGGCUACGACUUCUGGUACCAGCCGGCCCACGACCUGCUGGCCAGCACCUCCUGGGGGGCCCCCGCCGCGCUGUUCAAGGGCUUCAACCCGGCCGAGGUGCCCACAGAGUACGGCGACGCGGUGUACAUCUGGAGCUGGGAGGGGCGGGACCUGAAGCAGACCAUCCACCUGGGCCAGGACGGGCUGAUCCCACUGGAGAUCCGGUUCAAGCACGACCCCGCCUCGCGCCACGGCUUCAUCGGCGCGGCCCUGUCCUCCAACGUCAUCCACCUGACCAAGCCGCCGGGCGGAGAGGAGUGGGUGGCCAAGCCCGUCAUCAAGCAGCCCUGGACCAAGGUGGAGGGCUGGGCGCUGCCCGAGCAGCCUCCGCUCAUCACCGACAUUCUGAUUUCCCUGGAUGACAAGUAUCUGUACUUCUCCAACUGGCUGCGGGGUGACAUCGUGCAGUACGACAUCACCGACCCAGAGCACCCCAAGCUGGCGGGGAGGGUGUGGGUGGGCGGCAGCAUCCGCCGCGACGGACCCGUGACGGAGGGUCUAGAGGAGCUGGGGCUGACCGAGCAGCCGGAGAUUCCAACCGUGCAGGGUCACAAGCUGCUGGGAGGGCCCCAGAUGAUCCAGCUCAGCCUGGACGGCAAGCGCCUGUACGUGACCAACUCCCUGUUCUCUCCCUGGGACAAGCAGUUUUACCCGGACCUGGUGGAGAAGGGGUCCUACCUCCUGCAGAUCAACGUGGACGACGUGAACGGCGGGCUGUCCAUCAACCACGACUUCUAUGUGGACUUCGGGGCCGAGCCCGGGGGUCCGGUGCUGGCGCACGAGGUGCGCUACCCCGGCGGCGACUGCAGCAGCGACAUCUGGCUGUGA